AUGGCCGACCAAGUGCAGGAGCUCCUCAAUGUCCCCCGGGAAUUCUUCCGGGACGGCAUGCAGUUCAUCCACCGCAGCCAGAAGCCCGACCGACGGGAAUUCAUCAAGAUCAGCCAAGCUGUUGGCGUCGGUUUCCUGGUGAUGGGCGGAAUUGGCUUCAUCGUCAAGCUGGUCCACAUCCCCGUGAACAACGUCCUUGUCGGCGGUGCUUAA